AACUGUCACCUCGUGUUGAUUAAAUGUCACAUUUGACUUAACGAAUAUUUUGUUUUGAGGUGCAAUUUCGUUAACGAUGUGUUAUAUGAUUGUAUCAUAAUCUCGUGACAGAAAACGAUCUCAUAUGAAACACGAUAGGAAGUGAAAUAUUACGUAGUUUAAUUAUCCGAUUGACCUCAUACGGCCCAGUUGCUCGACGGUUAGCGCCCACGCGAAGUGAAAUAAACGGCCCAGUCAUUGAAGACUGAGGUCGAAUUAUUCUCAAUCUGGUGUCCAAAUCGUGUAUUUUUCGCGUGUGCAGUGAAGCGAACAGAUCAUGUCUCGACCAAGACCACAAUGGCAGCUGCAGGCUUUAGCAGCACAAAGACGUGAUAACGAACUACGUAGGGCUGAAGAACUGCGUAAGGUUGCAGAUUACUUUGAGACAAACACCAACAAGUCACGCCACCAUGAAAGCUGGACCACGGAGGAUUAUUACGAACGAGCCAAGAAAGAAGCUGAGAUACUAAGGCAGAAGAAAAUGCGAUCAGCUAAACUAGAAGAAAGACGUAAAAAGUUGGAACUAAUGCUGUUCCAAGAAAAUAUGCAGUACCAACAGGAGUUGAAAAUGUUGGCCGCUCAACCAAAAUAUUACCGGAAUGGUUCAUAUCUCAACAAAGUUCCAACGUCAACCUUGCAAGAAAUCAACCAGGGAAUCAUGGAAAAAGAGGAACAGCUGCGAAGACAUGAGGCGGAACUGCGCCUGCAUCAUGCAUGGAGACUCCGUCAACCUGAGCUUAGAGCUGCUAACACUUAUGUUGCUAAUGGGAAACUUAAAUCUGCUUGGAUGGAACAAAUAGUAGAGAAAGAAUUACAAAAGAAGAAAGAAGAAGAGGAUACCAGAAAAUGUCUACAGGAAAGGGAUGAAGCUCUGCGCAGACAGAUUCAAAUAGAAGAAGAGAGAUUAAAAGAAAAAGAGCUACAAAUGAAGGAGCUCCGUGAGAGUUUAGAAGGUCAAAUAGCAGAGCUAAGCGAGAAAGAGACAGUCGUAAAGAAAUUGAGGAAGCAAGAAGAGAAAGAGAAGAUGAUAUUAGAUGAGGUGCGAUUUAUAUCUGAAGAAAGAGAGAGAGAACAUGCAAGGCUUGUGGCAGAAAGAGACACGAAUAUUGUGAACAUGGGCCUGCAUAAGUACAAAUUGAAAAGGAAAGUAGCCGCAGUUGUGAGAGAGAUAGAGUUAGACUUAAAAAUGCUGGAGAAAUUGCAGAGAACUGUUAUCAAGGAUUUAGAGCAUGAACAAGAGAGAUGUGGUAGUUACAAGAGAGUGUUGGAGGCGGCGCUGCGCGAGGUGGAGGAGUGCAGGGAGAGGGAGCGACACAGACAGAAGAACAUUGAUGUGAUGUACGACGGCGAGGCGAGGCAGAUCAAUGACAAACAAGACAAGCUGUGGGCAAAAGAGCGCGAAGCACGUUCCAUACUAAUGCGGGACGUGGUGACGUCACUAAGAAGACAAGUAGAAGAGAAGAUAGAAGCCAGCCGGCAGCAGCAGCGCGCCAACGUGCUGGAGAGAGAGAAGAUACUCCAGGACAUGGAGGAGUUCCACCAGCAAGUACGCGCCAAGGAGCGGGAGACGCAGUUGAAGAAUACAGAAUACUCAACGAUAGCGGCGCUGCAGUCACAAUUAAACGGUCUCCGAGUAGAGAAAGAGAAGUUGGAAGAAGUGGCGGAGAGGGAGGCUGACGUCAGAGCGGCCAUAGACAAUGAGAAGAAGUUACGUACAGAGAUCGCACGGAUGCAUAGAGAGGGGAAUGUACAGGCAUGGUCUUAAACCUUGUUUCCACUGGCGAAAUUCCUAUAUUACCCCUUUUAUUAUUUUGAAGAAAGCAGUGACAAUGUUUUUGUAUAUGUGUUUGACUGGAAAUAUAGAAAUUAGUUGAUUCUCAAAGUUUUUAAAAAUGUUUUCUCACUACAAAAAUAUUUAGUUAAUAUGUAGAUUUUUGCUUGAAUUUAUCGACUGUUUGUGUUAAAAUUGACAAAAUGUAAAACAUACUUCAAUGACGUCAUAGUUUUCUCUAUUAAAACUAACAACAAAUGAAUCUCACUCUUUUUCAACUUUUUUAACUUUAGGUUAAUAAAAUAAUGAUAGGAAUGUUAAAAAAAAAGGUUUGACAUAAAUAGUUUCCCUAACAAUUUCAGUAUUCACGUGGAAUCCGGUUUUAAAAUCACCAAAUAGAAUGUUUCUGAUAAAUCUAUCUACAAUUAUGAACUAUAUCUUAAGUAUUCUCUUUCUCUCUCUGUCAUCUUAAUAUAAAACUAUCAUUCUAUCUCGCUCUUUCUACGUUCCAUUAUACGAACAUUCCAUGUUAUAUCUAUAACUACUAUAAAGAACAAAUCAGACUUUUAUUGUGAUCAAGUCCAUCUGUGCUAUUUAUAUAUAAACUAGCGGUAGCCCGCGACUCCCUCCGCACGGAUU